AUGAACCCGCGAUCCUGCAAAGAUCACACGAAUUGUUCAACGAAAGGUAUUGGCGCGACGCAGUCACUGAAUGAACUGGAUUUUGACCGAGGAAUAUGGAGUGCUGCGAUGGACAACGAAAUCGAGCGUUUGGAAAAAUUGAUUGCCCGAGGACACCUUUACGACCGGGACAGCUGUGGUUACACCGCACUGCACUAUGCCGCACGCAACGGACACUUUGAGGCUUGCCAGCUACUCUUACUAAACGGUCUCGGUGUUAAUGAAGUAACGAACGGUGGCGUUACGGCACUGCAUCGAGCGGCAAUGAUGGGACACACCAGAAUCAUGGAACUACUCUUAUCAUUCAGGGCAAACGCAAUGCAAAAGGAUAACGAUGGCAGAACGGCCCUGCACCGUGCAGCCGAAGGUGGCCAUCUGAAAUCUUGUCAGCUGCUUGUAAUCAUAUCGCCUGUACUUCGUCAUGUGGAGGACGUUCGUCGCCACAAACCGAUCGAUCUCGUGCAAGACACUCACACCGAUGCGGACCUCCUAAGAAAAUUGUUGGCCGUGCCACGCAGACCGCCGUUAUAG